AAUGGCUUCUGAGUCUUGAGGAAUUUUUCAAGCUAUAACUCUCAAUUUCAACAUCUAUUUUCAACUUCUUCACUCAAAACGCGGCUGCUCAUUUUAGCCCCUUUAAAUUACAGUUCAAUAUAAUGGCAUCAAGUGCAUUCUCAACAAGGAGCAUGAAGAUAAGGUCAUGGCACAGGUGUUCAAAGCAAAUUAGAGAGCAAAGAACAAGGCUUUAUAUCAUCUGGAGAUGUACUGUCAUGCUUCUGUGUUGGCAUGAUUAGUCCUCUUUUUUCUUUUUUCCUUUUCUUUAUGGGUCAAAGCAUCAUUGAUGGAGGCUUGAUGAGUGUGAAUUAUGGGAUUCAGUCCUUAAAGUUACUAACUUUACAGGAAUCGGAAGAAGCUUAGAUGGUGAAAAUGAAGGGUGGAUCAGGAUCAGUGUAUAGUGUAAUAAUUUAGCAGAUUUCUUCUUACAGAAAAGUAGACAAAACUUAGGUUUUCCAGGAGUGUUUUAUGUGUGAAAUACAUGUAACAUAGAAUCAAAAACUGAUGAUUUUGCACAUUGUACAUUAAGCCCCUUGAAGCUAUUUUCAGGUUUCUUUUAAAACUAUCAUUAACUUUUUGCUGAACUGCACUUAUUACGA